AUGGGCUCCAUGCCAAAAGUCAUUGAGAUUGGAAAGAAGCCACGGAAAUUGCUGGAUGGUGAGUUCCAGGAGUCUCGAAAUAGAGGUAUGCGAAUAUGUCAGCGAAUUUCUGAUCAUGCAAUGCACAGCAUGCAGUGUUAUACCGAUUUGGAGGCUACUCUUCCGUUGAAUUCCGCGAUUAUUCAUUUGGAGGUGUGUCUGAAUGAUCGCGUUGCGAGAUAUUGUCAACGAUCGGUUCAUCUCGCCAGUCAAGCGAUGGAGAAGCACAAUCUUGAAACGUAUGAAGUAUCCAUUGAAGAUGAGAAGAGAGAGGCCCUGAUCUGUUUCCGUGUGAUGUUUCGUCGAGUUCCUCGAUUUCUCAAUAAGAAACUCCGAAGUCUUGCCGUACCUGAGCUGUGUCAACUCAAAGAAGAUCUUUCCGAAGUGCUUCUUUCGCUACUCUCGAUGGAAAUUCCUGCCGAGUUGAGCGAUACUCUCGAGGACACUCAUAACACCUUGAGAGUGAUAACGCUGCCGGGGUUUUAUGACGCUUAA